CGACAUCGAAAUUCCUUAUUCCAUUGGUCUCUCGCCUUUCACGAGAAAAAAGUUGUGAUUUACAUAUAAUAACGAGUUUUAUAACUCGUUUUCUACUUUAAAAUAUCCUUAGAUACUAAAUAUUUCAUUUUAAUAUAAAUAACUGCUAAAAUAAGUUGAAAAGUGAUAAUAGACAAUGAAAUUUAUUAAAUAAUAAGUACUGAUUGAUGUGUAUCGCGUUUCAGGCCGUUUAAAACUAAUUGGAAUUGGAUAUGACAACUUCAGUGUGAUGUCGUCUGUUCAUUCUGUGGUGGUAUGGGAGUGGCAGCAAGACGGGCAGUGGCUACCCCACUCCCCUGGAGUCGCACGCACUUUAGAGAGAGCUCACGCUAAGAAACUAACGAGAGUAGUACUGGCCGAUGCAGAGCCAGCACUCAAAGGACACUAUGUCAAUCUCCGUACACUUACUCAAAGUUCAGACACACCAGGUGUGGGCGAGUGUGCGGUGCGUCGCUCGUGCUACAGCGUACAGUCGCCGGGAGGUCGCGGGGCGCGCUGGGAGUGGGCGCGACUCGCCGACCCGCCGCGCGCCGCCGAGCUCAGAUACGACCCUCUGCCCAUGGAGGUGCAAUGUCGACUGGAGGAGGCGUGGUCACGCGGCAUGGACGUAGUCCAGUGGGAGGGCUGGGUGCUGUGCGUGUCCAGUAUGACAGCGCGUGGGGGCGGCGCGGCCCCCCUGCGGCUGCUGCGUCGCGCCGCGCACCCCCCCUAUCCCCUGACGCGCUCCACGGCGCCGCCCGCGCCCCUCACCCCGCUCGCUCCGCCGCCUCACCCCCCGCACCCACAACACGCGCCCAUUCCGCCCGAGCGUCCUUGCCUCGACGCAAGAAGAACCCGAAUACCCCAACAGCACACGGGUUCCAGUGUGCAUUCAGUCCAAUCGGUUCAGUCGAUGCAGUCCGUGAAGUCUGCUAAAUCUGUGCAGUCCGUAAAGUCUGCACCGGCGCAUACGCACUCCGCGCGGGACUCGAGGGAGAGGAAUGGAGCGCGAAGUGCCUCACCCAAGGACAGGAAGCCGGGAUUGGCUCGACAAAUAUUACACAACCUCAAUAUAUUUAGCAACAACAGCAAGGCCGCAGCCGCCGCGGCCGCCGAGCACGAGCGCGAGCGCGAGCACGAGCGCGAGCGCGAGCACGAGCACGAGCAGCGCCACACCGACACCGAGAGCAGCAGCACGCGCUCGGCGCGCCGCCACAGCGUCGACACCGUGUCCACCUACCUCAGCCACGAGAGCAAGGACAGCCUGCAGCAAGCGGUAGUGGGGGAGCUGUUGAACUGCAGUGCGGGCAGCGACGAUGUGUUCGAGGCGGCCGAUUCCGGACCGGACUUGUUGACUGCCUCUGACGACCGGAAUAUAGCAAACUACUCGCCGACAGACUGCAACCUAAGCGCCGAACUACACCAGCUGUCCGUCACGGCGGACACGGGGCUCGACGGCGCGACGGACGGCGACGGCGAGGGCGAGGGCGAGGGCGACAGCGAGGACGAGGAGAGCAUCUGGCGCUGGGUGUCCGACGUGUCGCGGCCGCAGUGGGGCGCGCUGUGCUGGGCCUGCGCGCGCCCGCUGGACCCGCACGACGCGCUGGACCCGCACGAGCCCGACCCCGCCGACCCCGACCCGCGCGCCGCGCGCGCCGUGGCGCUGGCCGCCUGCCACCACGUGCUGCACCUGCGCUGCCUGCGCGAGCACCUGGAGCGCCUGCGCGCCGGCGGCGAGCGGCCCUACAUCGCGUGCCUCGUGUGCGGCGCGCAGUACGGGCGGCGCGCGCGGCGGCGCCGGGCCGGCGAGCAGCCGCCGGGCUCCAUGGCGUGGCGCCGCGAGCCCGGCGCGCUGCCCGGCCACCCGCACGCCGCGUCCAUCCUCGUGACGUACGACUUCCGGUCGGGGCGGCAGGGCGCGCGCCACCCGCGGCCCGGCGCGCCCUACUACGCCGUGGGCUUCCCGCGCCACUCGCUGCUGCCGGACACGCCGCUGGGCCGGCAGGUGCUGGCGGCGCUGCGCGCGGCGUGGGAGCGGCGCGUGCUGUUCACGGUGAGCGCGUCGCAGACGACGGGGCGCGAGCACGUGGUGGCGUGGCGCGUGCCCCCCCCGCCCGCCGCGCCGCACCACUACCUGCCGCCGCACCCGCCGCGCCCGCUGCCCUGCGCGCUCACGCACCUGGCGCGCCUGCUGCGCGACUCGUCCGCCUGACGCAGUCGUCGCACCUGACGACUGCCGACGUGUGUCUUCCAGUACAUUUUCAAUGUAAGCUCGGCCAAUACGUGCAUUUUUAUUUUAAGAAUUAUUAAGAAAAUCCGUUAUGAUAUUUAUAUUUCUA